UUAGAGGAACUCAUGCAGCCAAAGCUUAGAGCCAAUGGAACAACAGUUACUGAAUUCAUUCUGCUGGGUUUGGUGGAGACACCAGAGCUGUGGCCAGUGGUCUUCAUACUCUUCCUCUUGGCUUACAUGACCACGGUUGGGGGCAACCUUAGCAUCCUGGCAGCUGUCUUGGUGGAAUCCAAACUCCACACUCCCAUGUACUUCUUCCUGGGGAAUCUGUCAGUGAUGGACGUGGGGUGCAUCAGUGUCACUAUUCCCUCCAUGUUGGUUCGGCUCUUGUCCCACAAGCGCACAAUUCCAUAUGGAGACUGCCUCACACAGCUCUUCUUCUUCCAUCUGCUGGUUGGGGUUGACUGUUUCCUGUUGACAGCCAUGGCUUAUGACAGGUUCCUGGCCAUCUGCCGGCCCCUCACCUAUAGCACCCGAAUGAACCACACAGUCCAGAGGAUCUUGGUGGCCACUUCCUGGGCUUGUGCCUUCAGCAAUGCACUGACCCACACUGUGGCCAUAUCUACACUCGACUUCUGUGGCCCCAAUGUGAUCAAUCACUUCUACUGUGACCUGCCCCAGCUCUUCCAGCUCUCCUGCUCCAGCACCCAGAUCAAUGAGCUGCUGCUCUUUGCAGUGGGUUUCAUAAUGGCAGGAACCCCCAUGGCACUCAUUUUCACCUCCUACAUCCACGUGGCAGCUGCAGUUCUGCGAAUUCGCUCUACUGAAGGCAGGAAGAAAGCCUUCUCCACAUGUAGCUCUCACCUUACUGUGGUUGCCAUAUUCUAUGGCGCAGGCAUCUUUAACUACAUGAGACUUGGCUCCAUCAAACUUUCAGAUAAGGAUAAAGCUAUUGGGAUUUUCAACACUGUCAUCAACCCCAUGGUGAACCCACUCAUCUAUAGCCUCAGGAACCCUGAUGUGCAGGCUGCCCUCUGGAGGGUAAUCUCAGGGAGGCGGCCAGCAGCUUAAGGAGGUCUCAAGGCUCCUUCCCUCUAUUUCUUUUGAAACUAAACCUUGGGAUGGGGGUGCCCUGCAGUGUCAAACACUACAACAAAUUGUUCAGAACUCUUUCCAUCUCAGAUCUUAAUUUAAGGGAUAAUAAUUAUUUUUCCCCAAAGAGGUUGUAACUAGGUAUAGAUGGUGUGUACGUAGGUUCUCCCAGGUCUGUUCUUUGAUGAGUUCCACCUUUAGUCACUGUAGCUUCCCUUGAGCUGGAGUUCCCUAAGUGUCUCAAAAAGCAUCUUCCUGGGGAGACUUAUUUAUUCCUCCAUUUCAGGAACAGUUGGUCUGUCUAUGCAAUGUAAGCCUGGGGGAGGGGGAAGCUCAUUCCUCUUAUUAAACUCAUAAGAUUCAGAUGAAACAGA